CAAAAUUCAUAUCUGUCUCAAGUCUCAACCAAAAUCUGACGAACAACAUUUCUGAUACCGCCAUGAAAAUCCGAUCGGUGAAGCUGAGGGAAGCCCACCAGGCUGCUAGCAGCGGCCGCCCUUCUUUCUGCUCCGUCUUGUGGGACCAACAGGCUCAACAUCUCGUCACCGCAUGCUCUUCCGACGUCUCCAUUUCAAUCCACGACCCUCUGCUUCUUUCAUCCCCCCCGAAGAUUCUCACUCACCACCGCGAUGGCGUUGCCGCUUUGGCCCUUAGCCCCAACUCUACAUGUCUUGCAUCCGGAUCCGUCGAUCACUCCGUGAAGCUCUACAAGUUCCCGGGCGGAGAGUUCCAGACUAAUAUUACCAGGUUUACACUUCCAAUACGUUCACUUGCAUUUAAUAAAUCAGGGAGUUUGUUAGCAGCAGCUGGUGAUGAUGAGGGCAUUAAACUUAUCAAUACAGUUGAUGGUUCUAUAGCUCGGGUUCUCAAAGGUCAUAAGGGGACUAUCACGGGCUUAGCUUUUGACCCCAAUGGUGAAUACUUGGCAUCUAUAGAUUCAUUUGGAACUGUUAUUUAUUGGGAACUUCACUCAGGAAGAAUAGUUCAUAACCUCAAAGGCAUUGCUCCUGACACAAAAGCAGACGCAUCUUUUAUGAAUGUUCUUUGCUGGAGUCCUGAUGGUGAGGCCUUGGCUGUUCCGGGGUUAAAAAAUGAUGUUGUAAUGUAUGAUAGGGAUACUGCUGAAAAGUUGUUUUCAUUGAAGGGCGAUCAUACGCAACCUAUAUGUUUCUUGUCUUGGUCACCUAAUGGCAAGUACAUGGCUACUUCUAGCUUGGAUAGGCAGGUCCUAAUUUGGGAUGUAAAUAGAAAGCAGGAUAUUGAUAGGCAAAAAUUCAAUGAAAGAAUAUGUUGCAUGGCUUGGAAGCCAAUAGGUAAUGCAUUGGCUAUCAUUGAUGUCAUAGGGAAGUUUGGUAUCUGGGAUUCUGUUAUUCCCUCAUCCAUGAAAUCCCCAACAGAGGAUAUUCCCAUGCAGUCUAAGAAUAGUAAUGGGCUUCUUUUGUUUGAUGAGGAGGAUCCGGACCUUUGUGCAAGUGGAAGUAUAAGUGAUCUUGGUGAUGAUAGCGAUGGGGAGUCUGAACUACCGAGCAGGAAAAGAUUACGUGAACACCCUCUGAGUGAGGAAAACUUUAAUGAGGAUGACAAUGACGACAUGGCUUUACACCCAAAGGUUGAAUCUCGUAAAAAACCAAGUCGCAUUCAUAAAGACAAUUUAAACAGUGUGAAUGUGGGACUUAAAAGCUCAAUCAUAACAUGUAAACCAAAUAUGCAAGAAGCAUUUCAACCAGGAUCGACUCCUGCACAGCUUGGGAAAAGACGCUUUUUGUGCUACACUAUGCUUGGAAGUAUAACCACAAUUGAACACGACGGAUACUUCCACAUAGAGAUUGAUUUUCAUGAUACUGGCAGCAGUCCGCGAGUUCCAUCAAUGACCGACCAUUUUGGAUUCACAAUGGCUGCCUUAAAUGAGAAUGGGAGCGUCUUUGCAAAUCCUUGCAAAGGGGAGAACAACAUGAGCACUCUCAUGUAUCGUCCAUUUAGUAGUUGGGCAAGUAAUAGUGAGUGGUCUAUGCGCUUUGAAGGAGAAGAAGUAAAAGUUGUUGCACUUGGUACUGCUUGGGUGGCGGCAGCAACUAGUUUUAACUAUCUUCGUAUAUUUACGGAUGGUGGUUUGCAGAGAAAUAUUAUUUCGCUGGAUGGGCCAGUGGUGACCGCCUCAGGUUUCAAGGAUAAAUUGGCAGUUGUUACUCAUGCCUCCGGUUGUGUUUCCUCAGAUAAUCAGGUGCUCGAGUUUAGAGUGUUUAACAUACCGAAUGAAACCCAGCUCCUUAAAGGCUGCUUGCCAUUGACUCCUGGUUCAUCUCUAACAUGGUUUGGAUUUAGUGAAGAUGGCCAAUUGAGUUCCUAUGAUUCCAAGGGCGUGCUCAGAGUGUUUACAAGUCAGUAUGGAGGUAGCUGGCUCCCACUUUUUAGUGCAAAUAAAGAGAAAGAUGAAAACUAUUGGGUAGUGGGGUUAAAUGCAAGCAAGUUAUUUUGUGUGAUAUGCAAGAAACCUGAUACCUUCCCACAGGUGAUGCCUAAACCGGUUCUUACUCUGCUGAAUCUUUCGUUUCCCCUUGCUUCCUCUGAUCUGGGAUCGGAAGCCCUUGAGAAUGAGUUCAUAAUGAACAACAUGCAUCUCUUUGAGAUUCGGAAAAGAAUGGAUGAAAUGGCUGUUGCCGGUUUGGAUGCCAGUUCGCUUGAUGACGAAGCUUUCAAUCUCGAAGCAGCGCAAGAUAGAUGCAUACUUCGGCUUAUAGCAUCCUGCUGUAAUGGAGAUAAGCUCGUGAGAGCCACUGAACUUGUGAAGCUCUUAUCAUUGGAGAAAUCAAUGAAAGGUGCAAUUAAACUUGUGACUGCUCUAAAACUUCCUAACUUGGCCGAGAGGUUCACCAGCAUAUUAGAGCAAAGGCUUCUCCGUGAAAUGAAAAAGCCCGCAGAUACCAACCACCGCCAAGAUGGCCGGACGGCACCCUUGCCAGUUGACGUUUCAAAUAGCAGAAGCAAGGUCCUAACUCAGACUGAAGCAUCAGCCACAGUCAUUAUGUCGUCAUCACCAAAAUUAUCUGCUCCUUUGUUGACCAAGAAAGCCAAAUCGCCAGGGGAAGAUAAAACUGCGGUGGCAAAUGAAACAAAGGGGAAGAAUACAGUGAAUGAGAUAAAUGAUAGGGAAGGGAAAUUUGGGGAACUGCGUCAGGGCCCAGCUCUCCAUUCUCAAGAUAUCUCUGUAAAGUCGUCAAAUAAGCAGGAAGUGAAGAAGUUAGAGGGUAGUAUGGCACAACCAAGUCGCCCCUCCAACCCGUUUUUGAAGUCGUCUAUCAAGUAGACUCGUAUCCUAAUACCGAUGCGCAUUGCUAAAAAGAAAAGAUUGAAAGGUUAGAUCGUUUAGCAGAUUUCGAAUUAUGAAAAUCCUCCGGCAUCUGUAAAGUCUUGUAAUUAUUAUCAUUUUUUUGAAUAUAACGCAUCAUAUAUUUCUGUUGGUCA